GCGAGGCAGGCACACCAACGGGCGCCUUACCGCCUACUAUUACCAACAAAAUGGGCGAAUCCUUCAGCACGCUAAGACUUUUCACCUCCUCGGUCGUGAAGUCCUUCAGCUUAUCCGCCGGUCUCUUUCAAGUCGCGACUGAUAACGACAAAACCUCCACCACAAGCGGGACGUCCACCGGUACUUCUUCCACUUCCACAACCGUCAGAUACGCUGGGGGAAGCAGCGUCACAACCCCAAGUGGAGCAGGCGGUCCUUCCUCCUCAAUUGUGUCUCAGCAUCCCCUAGCACGACAGCCCAGCAACGUGAUGGCUUUCUUCCAGAAUCGUUCGCUGUCUCUGGUGGACAUGUACAUCGACACCAGCGAACCCACAGAAAAUGUUGGGGAAAUUCAGUUUAGCCUGGAGUACAAUUUCAACGAGAUGACCCUCAUCCUACGGAUUAUGCAGGCCAAGGAGUUGCCGGCGAAGGAUUUGAGUGGCACGAGCGACCCCUACGUGCGAGUUAUGCUGCUUCCUGAUAAAAAACACAAGCUCGAGACCAAAAUAAAGCGACGAACGUUGCAUCCCAAGUGGCACGAGACCUUUUACUUCGAAGAGUUCCCGAUCCAGAAGCUGAACAGCCGAGUGCUGCACCUCCACGUCUUCGACUACGACAGGUUUUCUCGCGACGAUUCCAUCGGCGAGGUCCACAUCCCGCUCUGUCAGGUGGACUUCUCCGAGAAGAACAACACGUUUUGGAAAGCCUUGAGGCCGCUCGAGAAGAACAAGUGUGGUGAAAUACUGACGUCGCUCUGCUACCAGCCCAGCAACUCGCAGCUCACGCUCACCAUCAUCAAGUGUCGCAAUCUUAAAGCCAAAGAUAUUAACGGGAAGUCAGAUCCUUACGUGAAGAUUUGGCUUUACUUCGGGGAGAAGAGGAUCGAGAAGAAGAGAUCAGAAGUCCAGUUCUGCACUCUCAAUCCUGAGUUUAACUUCACCGUCACGUUUGAGGUGCCGUGGGAGCGCAUACGCGAGUGUCAGCUGAACAUCACGUGCAAGGACUACGACAAGCUCGGCAGGAAUGAAGCCAUCGGCAAGAUUAUACUCGGUAAGGCUGGCAGUGGCACGUCCGAAACCAAGCACUGGAGCGACAUGAUCACCAAACCACGGCAGACCGUCGUUCACUGGCACAGGCUUAAGCCUGAGUAAGGAAGUCUCGACCGUCUUGCUCUGCUGUGAUGCUGCGUUCUCAUGUCUCAGUAUCUUACAAUGUUUAUUUCUGUAUUUAUCAAUAGCUCAUUAUUUUAUUAUCUUCUAUAUUGCGCCUCGGACUCAAUGCAGCUCAGAUGCCGCGCGUUUUCUCCGGUCCCUUGGUGGCAUAAUUUUGAAACUGUCGACUAACCAGAUCGUCUGUUCAGCCUACGGAUUCUUGAUUGCGUGCUUUAGUGACAUUACUAGAUGGAUAUUUUAAACCCACAGUUUCUUUAUCAAGUAAUUUUAUUGCAGCGAAAGAAGUACCCAUUUACGUUAUGUGCGAUUCUCACUAACAGUGUUGGUGGAUAAAAUCGUGGAAGUGCUUGUUGUCACUUUGCUUUUUAUCUUUACUUAUCGAAGCUAGUCCAGUCCUCGGAAGCUCCAUCGUUUGCGAUGCACUUGAUAUGACGUCGCGUAAUGAUAUAUUCAAAUGACGUCAUCAGUUUGUUGUAGCUCCAUAUAACGUAAACUUUUGCUACGACAUUGGGGCCCUGUUUUCAAAUGCUCCGCGUUAUAAAUAAGCUCCCGUACGCCUCAGUGCGAUGGCUUCAGUUGCUCGAUUUUAGUUGAAUAUCUUUUGUUCUCUUGCCUUCUAAUUUGUAGCUUUUUUUCAACAAUUACACCACCACAUGUCUGCCAUUUACAUGAGUUGGGUGCAAGAGGUGGUCAACUGCUCUACGGAGGCUGCGUGCCGCGCUUUCCUGACUGCCAAAACGACGAGUGAUUUUCGGGUUGGUAUUUCCUUAGGUAUCUGUGAAGGAUUUUAUUGCGAAUAGGUGUCUUCUGGGCGUGAGAAGAGCAGCCACAAAUUGUGAACCCUCUUAAUGUUGGAGACUUGAAUCAUUCCUGACAUGCUUGUACGGAAUAUCCGCAUAUAUGUGUUGCUUUUAAAUUGCGGCACCUACUCGUUCUUUCUGGGCAGAUCUUUCUGCAGGUAAAAUGCUUGGGAUUCCAGAUUUUCUCAAGCUAUACUUUCUUCGCACAGAGAAUUAGUUUCAUUUCUCAGGAGCAAUUAGCCAAGUAUUUUUUCAUGGCACUAUCGCUUUUCAGAUUUUCUUUUGAUUUACAGAUUUUUGAUUAGACGUUUAUUACACGUCUCCCGACCAAGACGUUUACGAACAUUCGUAUAACAGACUGGGAUAUCCAGAGCCUAAUAAAAAAAACGAGACAACUAUUAGUUCAUAAUAACAAGCGGGGGUAUCUAGACUUUCAUAAUAACAAGCGGGGGUAUCUAGACUUUCAUAAUAACAAGCGGUGGUAUCUAGACUUUCAUAAUAACAAGCGGGGGUAUCUGGACUUUAAUAACAAGCUGGGGGUAUCUAGACUUUCAUAAUAACAAGCGGGGGUAUCUAGACUUUCAUAAUAACAAGCGGGGGUAUCUGGACUUUGAUAAUAACAAGCUGGGGGUAUCUAAACUUUCAUAAUAACAAGCGCGGGUAUCUAGACUUUCAUAAUAACAAGCUGAGGUAUCUGGAUCUGGACUUUCGUAAUUAAAAGCUUGGGUGUAUGGAAUUUCGUAAUAAGUAAUUUUGACAUUUGAAGGUUCAUAAUAAGAGGCUUGAAUACAUAUUUAUAGGUACUUGAUGAUACGGUUUGUUAAGCGAAGCUUUGUAAUGACAUGCCUAAAGAUUUCUAAAAGUUCAUUCAGCAAUGUGCAAACUGGUAAAACAGAUGCCGUCUCAUUUUAAAAACAAAUAAUAUUAAUGCAAGUGUAUUAACAAGCAUAAUAAAGAUUCAUAUUUUAUUAUUGACUUAAAUAUGAAUUUUCCAAACCGCGCCAGAGAAGAUAAAUUUCCUGAGAGUUAAUAGCGUGAUUCAGACGACUUCAAAUUUUUAUUUGUGAUUCCGAGUUGACGGCGUGUUGAUAGAAUUUGCUUAAAGUUUUAUCUAAUUGCUGUUUAUUCGGGGUCUCGUAAAGAUUAGAUCAGUUACUCAAUUGCCAACUGAUAAUUGUUAUUCACCUGCGCUUCCGCAGAUUCGGUCCGCUGCCUAGAGGUAACGAUGAGAAACAUGUGAAACACAUUAACGAUUGUUGUUUUUAUUUUGGUUAUAUGCAGAAUUUAUUUAUGAGCACUCGUUCCAAAGUGUUUGGUCUUAAUUGAAGCUAUAUUGUACUGCUUGAAAAUAGGCAAAAGUAUAUGAUCUUGAAGAGAAAAAUUGUUAUCUUGCUCCAAAACAAACGCUAGAAUAAGAUUCUUGAAGCCUAAGAUGUGAUCUUGUCUAUCCUCGUUGAAGCUAGAUUGUUGAUGUCGUUCACGUUUCAAGUUGAGUUGGAGAAAAGUUUAUUUAAUGAUAAUUGCAAGAGACAUUCCGAGCAAGCGCUUUCAUUGAAAUGUGGAGUUUUGUCCUUAGUUUUAGGUAAAUGAUUUCUGACAUUAGUGUAUUAUUUGUCGAGAACUUUAAUGGUAUAUCAUUACUGCAGAGUACCAGUUCACAUUUCACGUGCUAAGAAGUGCGACUUCCCAAAGAAAUUUCUGAGAACCUAUUGUUUUCCUUGCAUACCAUGUCAUUUUGAUUAGUAAAUUAAAUCAGGUCGUGAAGUUGUAUGGGUUGAACUGUUACUAGGCCAUUUGUAUCUAUAAGAAAUGCUCCAAGCUCAUUGCUCCAGAAUCCAUAGCGGAUGGGUGCAGCUGGGCAUAACUGAAUGGCCUAAUGAUCUGCUGUUGCCAGACGCUGUUAUUGAAACGCUAUUUUUCGGUACGACCUCGAUACUAGGAUCUAACCAAAUGCCGCGACGAUGUUCAUUAUAACUACUUGGAGGGAAUUUUUGUGGAACAAAUGCCUAGUUUUGUGCAUUUUAGUGGCUCAAUGACAUACUAGUGCGUUUCAGUAGAGCUAAUCCCUUUAGUCUAGCGACUAGUUUGUACUACAUUUUAGCGACGCACGAAGGUGUGCUCAGUGGUGUCUGCAGUAUAUUAUAAAUCAGAUGAUCUUAUUUCUUCCAGUUCUUAGGCGAUGGUUGAAAAGUCUCUUCUAAUUCGCUUCCACCAAACUAUCCUAAAUAUUGCACCAAACAACCAUGUUUUGUUUCGAUAUUGUGUACACGAUAAGCUGAAUUGUUGGCCGUUGCGUGAAAAACUAAAAUCCGGAAAUUUUACCAGAACCUGCCUAUCAAAUUUGUCGUACUGUUGUAUCGUUCUUGGUGUUCGUACAAACAUAAUCUGAUCAUUCUUUACAAAUUGAUUCUAAUUCUUGGAUAAAGAUCUUCAAGGUGGCUGGCCCACGUAGCAAGCUCCUGCUCUUUCACCAGUCUUUAUGCGACCGCCAAUGAUGCAUGGGAUGGUAACUAAUUUUUCAGCUCCACGUACAUACUUCAAUGUUGAAAUUUUUGUGUAGAUCGAGUUCCUCUAUUGAUGUAGCGUUCCAAAGGAUAAGCUAAUAAAAAUAUUCCGAUUAAUUCCAUUCAGAUACAACGGAUAACGUGUUACUAAAAAAAGGAAUGUUGGAUGCUGUGUCAGUAUUAAUUUCACCAGCAUGUGAUGAAAAUUUCAGGAAUUUGACUCACGGUUAUAAAAAAUAUUUAGGCGAGUGCAUAUGGAACUUUCUAUUUAGGAAAAUAUCGCAACGACACCCGGUCAUACCCAACACUCGUGAGUAGAUGUCUUUAAAUUGUGCGACUUUACUGUUGUCUUUAUUUCGUGUCAUUCCCUCACAGAUUAUCUCAACUUCAGCAGAUUUUGAGAAUAAGUGAAAUAUAUUUUCUCAACUCGGGGUUCAAAUAAAUUCGUUUAUUGCAAUUAUGAAACCCGAAUUCGAUUCACAAGCAAAAUGGCUGUCAUAACAAGAAUUUCGAGAAUGCGUUGUGAGCUUUGAAGAAUGAACCUCAUAACCAAAUAGAUAUCAAAAUAACGAACAUUUGCAUUCCCUAAUCUCUUUCCGCAAGCCGAUGAUGUUCCGUGUGAUAUUCCUUGUUGUCAUAGAAGCCGUAGACUUUGGCCAACUUUGUUUUCAGCGCCUGUUUGGUCACGUUGCUGCUUCAGGAUUUAGUUCAGUUUCCACGAGCAGGAUUUCUAGCACCAUAUACCUUGGUUUUACUACUUCACAUCCCUAGAGGACUAGAUUCUUAGUACUAGUGGGUGUCCACGUUCACUAUUCCACCAGUUUUCGGUUUGACAUUCUGCUCUGUUGGUAAGUUCGUUUGGUAUCCUCGACGUAGAAAAUGACAUGAAACUUAGGACUAUAUUAACGUUCACUCGAGUGUUGAUGCUAGCUGAACGGUUCCGGGCUGAUCAAAAUACGAAGGAUGUCAGAAUGAAACUAUGAGCAAUUUUAGCUUAAGAAUGAUUGUGUGUUGGCGAUAAGAAGUCGUAUUUCAGCCAGUCAACUAAAGCUCGAAAACUUUUGAUGUUUUAUCGGUUUAUAACUGUUAUGCACGUCUCUGCAAAAUAGGUGAAGUUCCAUGUUAAUGCUAAAUUUUAGAACAGCCACCUAGUAUCGAUUGUAUUUAGUGCCAACGAUGUAAUAUUGAACUCCAGAACCGGCAGUACAUAGUGGCGAGGUUUAGAGGCGCUUGUGUGUGAAAAUAUAAUCAGCUUUUGGUCCUGGUUGUGUGGGCAGGGACAGUGCAGCUGUGUACUUAAUUCACAUUUUUCCAAUGAAAAAGAACGUCUUGAACAAUUAUCCACCUAUUAUAAAGACCUAUUGUCUCAUUUUUUUUCUGGUCCUCUAAAAUGAGGAUUUGCUUAAUCUUGAUAAGAAGUACACGUGUCACCCGAGACCAGUUCAUCCUAACCCUCUUUCUAAAGUCUAUCCCCACCUCCCUCCAAGUUUGAAUGUGUCAGAAGUUUAUUUGCCAAAGAAACUCGAAAAUUUUUUUCAAAGCUGCUGGGUCACGACGUUUUAUUAAUUUUUCUGACAUCUAAAACGAAGCGUAAUGAUUUUUUAGACUUUCAGGUCAGAAGUUAUGCCCUGAGAACUUUUAAGUAGAGUUUUAAGCGAACUUCUAGGAGCGGAGGACCAAGUAUGCAGACAAUAUCCCGACACAAUUUCUAUCGCCAACAACGACGCCUUGGUUCACAGCCCAAUGCUGUCAACUCGAGCUGAGGUUCCCUAUUAAUAAGUGUGUCAAUAGAUCGUUUACCUAUCUAUUAAAUCCUAAUAAGAGUUGAAGUUGGAAUGUCUUGUGGGAUAUAUCCUACGCAAUGUGUAGUUUAAUAUAUUUAUCAAAUUUCUAUUCAAUGGAGCAUAAUUGUAUAUUUUUUUAAGCAGUUCUGAAAUGAGUAUUCUAUUCAUGCAUGGCUGAUAAACUGCUUAUGUAUCGUUAUACCAUGAAGAAGAAAAUUCUUCAUAUUAUUUAUUUUUCAAAUAUUGUACUUAGGAGGAUUAGAUUAAAGCGACCAAUGAGCGGGAUGACGCUCGGUGACUUGCAUAAUCCAACGCUAUACCUGCACUCAGGAUGCAGCACUCCAUGAGGAUAAAGCCGUCUGGCACAAAUGUUAGCUGCAAUUAUUAGAGUGUAUAGCAUGCGGUUAAAUUCCUAUAGUUCUGUAAAAUCCAGUUACUUACACAGCAGCAGCAUUAUUCUACAACUAUAAAAAUUUAUUGAAUUCGAUGGAGGCUUUAUAAUGCCAUGCUUUUCUCCUACCCAACCGACCCCCUGUCAACUAAAAGGUUUAGUAGCCAACUCUGAUUCCUAGUGUUGCUUGCCUCAACAUAGUUACCCGUCAACUCUGAUGACAGUUUUCUGUGUAAGGUAUAGUGCCUGAUUUCCAGCUUCAUGCCUGAUGUUAAAUUUGAGAGUUUUAAUGGUAUAAAGUUGUGUUAGUGCCUCAUUUAACCUGUUCUGGAUCUAUUGUUAAUCUCUAAUUGGAAUAUCGUUGCUGAAUUAGACACUAAUUUAUUGUAGAAGCGAGAAAUAGCUGUAGAACAAUCCGUACGUAAAUAUGGAGAUGACAUUUGUUGGCAUAUGAGUGUUCUGUAGCAACUCCUUCGUGCUGUCUGUAUUGUGAACCUUUAAUGAAAUGCAACACCAACAACUCCAUAAACCUGUUAUUCAAUCAACUCUUUGAUGACAUGUGACAUUAUUAGGUGCAGAAAUCUACCAUUUAAUUGAUACCGGGCUGAACUGCUUCACUGACAAAUAGAAACCAAGCAUUUCCACGUUUGUUCAGAUCAGAGAUUGGUGUUAGUGUUACCAAGUGUCGAUGGCUUAGGUUUGUGUUGGUGAGCUCAUCUAGGCAAGAAUAUUCCUACUUAUACUUUAAAUGGCUCUAGACCCCAUGCGUUUAGUUGGGCCAAUACGGUGCACAAGCUAACCUGUGUUGGAAUUGAAUGUUUGUAGCUAAUUAUGAAGAAAAAUGAAAUAAAAGUAAUGUAUCGAGA